AUGUUUGGAAUUCUUCUAAUUGGAGUAGCACUAUGUGUGUUGGGCUGGCUGUACGUCCGCUGGUCGCGCGUGCGGCAGUUUUGGGCGCAGCGCGGUGUACCGCAUCUACCGCCGCACCCUGUCAUGGGGAGCCUUACCUUCCUGCAGCGACAGAAUCCCGGAAAAUGGCUGAUAAACUCAUAUCAACAUUUCAACAAGACACCGUAUUUUGGCGCGUGGUGGUUCUGGAGACCUACGCUCAUUAUCAACUCCCCUGAGAUUGCCAGAAAUGUUCUCGUGAAGGACUUCGCCAGCUUCAGGGAUAGGUUACUGGGGUCUGGCACAUCGGAUCCUAUCGGGCAUCUCAACAUUUUUACAGUUAAUGAGCCGCUAUGGUCUUCAAUCAGACGUCGGUUAACAAACAUUUUUACAGCGGCCAAGCUGAGAGCACUACAGAAUCUGCUAGAUACUAAGGCGAAUCAAUUGGUAGAACGUAUCAAAAAUACCGAGAACAAAACCGCCAUAAGCUUAAGAAUGCUAUUCACGGACUACACAUCAGACGUUAUAGGCACAGCCGCUUUCGGAGUGGAGACCAAAAUAUCUGAAAACAAGACAUCAGCCGGCAGCGCUUUAUACGCCGUGUUGGACCUGAUCGAGAUGUUGUGUGCACGCAGCGCCGCGGGGCGGGUGCUAGUGCAGCGCGACACGUGUGACGCCGCCCUACGUUACUUGCUGCUGGAUACAGCCGAUCGCUUUGUAGAUAUUGUGCAACAGUGCCGAUCGGUCAUAGUAGCGGGCGGGACUAUGGAGCCGAUCGGCGAGUUCCGAGCUCUCCUCGACAAAGGUCCGGGCACACGCGUGCGCGUGCUGCAGUGCGCGCACGCGGCGCCGCCCGACCGCGUGCUCGCCCUGUGCGUGGCGCGGGGACCCGCCAACUGCGCGCUUAACUUCUCGUAUGAACAACGUAUGGGAAAGGAGUUGUUCCCCAAAUGGGCUACGGAUUACUUUACGAAAGUGUUCCGCCUGGUAUCGGAACAACGAAGGGCACAAAGAGGUCGUACGGGUGAAACUAAAGAUUUAGUCGACGCUCUCAUUAAAUUAAAAGAGGAAUCAGACCAAAACAAUGAAGGUUUGACGGAAGAUACGAUAGUAGCACAAGCGGCAAUAUUUUUGCUAGGAGGCUUUGAGACUUCUGGCGCUGCUCUGAGCUUCGCGUUAUAUGAAUUGGCGUUCCACCCAGAAAUACAAGAGAAAAUGUUCCAAGAGUUAGUAAAAAUAAAGGAGCAAGAUGAAAAUGGCAACUUGGAUAUAUCAAAGCUUACAGAAGCGCCUUAUUUUAAUAGUGUUAUCAAAGAGGUACUUCGGAAAUAUUCUCCAAUGGGCUGGCUAGACAGAAUAGCCGUACAAGACUAUAAAAUUGACGAUAACCUCACUAUAGAAGCGGGAACACCGAUUUGCGUCAACGCUAUCGGCAUGCAUUAUGAUGAGAAUUACUUCCCAAAUCCGUUGGAGUUCAAUCCAGAACGAUUUAUGCCAGAAAAUGAGAAAAACAUCACACCGUUCUCAUAUUUGCCAUUCGGAGAAGGCCCCAGAAACUGCAUUGGUAAACGGUUUGGUCAGAUUUCGGUUCGGCAUGCUUUGGCACACGUUGCAUUGCAUUUUAAGGUGAAACCUUUAGCAAACGGACCCAAGCCAAGUGAAGUAGAGUUUGAGAAACAUGGACUCUUCUUGGUCCCAGGUCAAGAUCUCUACGUCGAUUUUAUUCCUAGAAAUUAA